AUGAUGGACUGUCCAAGUGGAAGGGAUGAUGAGUGUAAGUGGAGUGGCAUUGCUGCCGGCAUAGAUGGUUGCCUGUAUUGCGCACCCUGCUCUGCCGAUUCAAUCCUGGUUGUAGAUCCGGAGGAUGAUUCUGUAAGCUACAUCACAGGUGCAGGAGAAGGUAGCUACAAGUGGAGUGGCAUCAUCUCAGCCUCCGAUGGUUUGCUCUAUUGUGCUCCUGCCAGUUCAGAAGCCGUGCUGUUCAUUGAUCCCAAGUCGCGCCAGCUCCAGCGCAUACCGGGAGCCGGAAGGGGAGGUUCGAAGUGGAGUGGAAUUGCAGAGGGCCCCAACGGGAACCUCUACUGUGCGCCCUCAAUGGCCAUGGCUGUGCUGGAAAUUGAUCGAAGAUCGCAGAGUCUACAUCGCAUUGAAGGGGCAUUGGAUGACACAAGCUACAAGUACAAGUGGAGCGGUAUCACUCGCGCAUGCAAUGGGCUUCUGUACUGUGCACCAUACAAUGCGUCCUCUAUCCUGGUGAUUGAUGCAGCAGCGGGAGAGCUUGACUUCAUCAGAGGUGCGGGCUCAGGCGAUUGCAAAUGGAGUGGCAUCGGCCCAGGAUUGGAUGGUCGAUUGUAUUGCGUCCCGUCACGUGCCCAGGAGAUUCUGGCAGUCGACCCAAAAAGGCCGGCCGAAGUAGAUCACACCUUCUGCGAUGCGCUACCUCGAGGUCACUCAAAAUGGAGUGGAAUAUGCGUUGGGCUUAAUUGCAGCUUGUACUGCACGCCAUACAACUCCUCACACGUCUUGGUCAUUCGCGGCGGGCAGAGAGCUACGAAACCUGGAAUAGCCCCACAGGUCUCAUUUGGGCACCUCGUCGCUGAGCAUGAUAUGUGGAAGAAGCAGAAGGUGGAGUUGUGCUUGGCAUUUCAGGCGCUAAUGGAGCUGCCAGAUCACGAGCGUGUAGCUCAGUACAGAGCGCUGUGCAGGAAGUGGCAUCCUGACAAGAACUUGGACAACGCAGUCGCCGCCACUGAAGUCUUCCAACUUUUGCAACAGUUGCAUCAGGUCUUUGGCAACACCUCCUGA